GGUGAAGGCCAUAGCAGUGUCCAGCAGCCACUCCAGACCAUUCAGUUUUGUGAAACACAGUGUUCCUGUACUAGGCCACGCUGGACACAGCCAGGCUUUGUCACUGCCACCCUGAGCCAUCCCAUUCCCCUGUGAGGGUGAGGGUGGGUGCUGUCUAGGGGCAUCGACCCAGGACCAGAUAGGAUCUGGGAGCUAGUUAUGCUCCAGAAGGCAUGUUUUCUGGGACUGAGUUGUGCAAGGGGAAGCAGGCUCCUGCCUGUGUGGCCUCUGGUGGGGUGGCUCUGGUGUUGCACCCCACAUAUAGGCUGGGAUUCCCUGGGCAGAAGUGUGUUUAUGAGGAAUCAUGGGAAGCUGUUCAGUGUCCAGGCAGUAGUAGGCUGGAGCAGAGAGGGGCCUCUGCUCACAGUGGUGGAGAUGGGGAUAAGGGAACAAAGGUCCUACUCUACAAAUCCUGUGUAGGAGGAGGUGGCCUGAGUGGGCCCUGUCAACUCCAGUAUUGCCUGGAUAGGGAGUCCCAGAGCUUGCCACUGUGACCAGAGACCCAGCAGUGCCAUGGGCCUCCUGAGAUGGUGUAGCUCAGUCAGCCCGCCUUUCUUCAGGCUUUUUCCUAAGCAGGCAUCAUACCCCCAGCCCCUGGAAGACUCCCCUGCUCGAGUUCUAAGGAGACCAACUGCAUGGCUCACUCCUUCUUGGGUGUACUGCCCACACAUGCCCUGUGACCCACUGAGUGGGCUCCAGGACCUCGGCUGAGUGCUCCCUGAGGCAGGGUCCGGGUGAUAGUUACUGCUACAUCAGGCUUAGACGGAUAGCAGAGAGGGAGUGCAGGCUGGGGUGGGUGGUCUUCAGCAAGACUGGGGCUCAGAAUGCUGAAUAGCUGUUGGUGAAGUUAAUCGGGCUGGGAUCUGCCACUAGUCAGUGAAUCCGAGAUGGCUGGCAGACUGUCGCAUUUUAUCUGUCUCAUCGAUGCCUAGCCCAGGGCCACCUGCCCAGUAGAACCGAAAAUGCUGGCUGAGUGACUGGUGGCUGCCAGAGCCUUUGUUCUGGUCCUGUGGUUUUUACCUCUCCCUCGUUGCCUGUGUCCAGAAUGAGUCAGCUGAGGCUGCUGCCAUCCCGGCUGGGGGCACAGGCCUCGAGGCUCCUGGCCCUACAUGAUGUCCAGAUGUUCAGCCGGCGCAGCAGGUCGUCCGGGCCACCGGCCCCCUUCCCAAGCAGCAAACGUGGAGGCAGCUCCAGUUACAUGGAGGAGAUGUACUUCGCCUGGUUGGAAAACCCCCAGAGCGUUCACAAGUCCUGGGACAGCUUCUUCCGGAAAGCCAGUGAGGAAGCCGCCUGUGACCCGGCUCAGUCACAGUGCCCUGAGAGCAGGCCAUCAGUCUCGAGCCGGACCAAGACCAGCAAGCUGGUGGAGGACCACCUGGCUGUUCAGUCCCUGAUCCGGGCCUACCAAAUCCGAGGCCACCAUGUGGCCCAGCUGGACCCCCUGGGCAUUCUGGAUGCAGACCUGGACUCCUUUGUGCCCUCAGACUUGAUCACAACCAUCGAUAAAUUGGCGUUCUAUGACCUGCGGGAGGCUGACCUAGAUAAGGAGUUCCAGCUGCCGACGACCACCUUCAUCGGCGGAUCAGAGAAUACUCUCUCUCUGCGGGAGAUCAUUCGGCGCCUGGAGAGCACCUAUUGCCAGCACGUCGGCCUGGAGUUCAUGUUCAUCAAUGACGUGGAGCAGUGCCAGUGGAUCCGGCAGAAAUUCGAGACCCCUGGUGUGAUGCAGUUCUCCAGUGAGGAGAAGCGGACCCUGCUGGCUCGGCUGGUGCGCUCCAUGAGGUUUGAAGACUUCCUGGCCCGAAAAUGGUCCUCAGAGAAGCGGUUUGGCCUGGAGGGCUGUGAGGUCAUGAUUCCUGCCCUCAAGACCAUCAUCGACAAAUCCAGUGAGAUGGGGAUUGAGAACGUCAUCCUGGGAAUGCCACACAGGGGCAGGCUGAAUGUGCUGGCCAAUGUGAUCCGCAAGGACCUGGAGCAGAUCUUCUGCCAGUUUGACCCCAAGCUGGAGGCAGCAGAUGAGGGCUCCGGAGAUGUCAAGUAUCACCUCGGCAUGUACCAUGAGAGAAUCAACCGGGUCACCAACAGAAAUAUCACUUUGUCCCUUGUGGCCAACCCCUCCCACCUGGAAGCUGUGGACCCUGUGGUGCAGGGAAAGACGAAGGCAGAACAGUUCUACCGAGGGGAUGCCCAGGGCAAGAAGGUCAUGUCCAUCCUGGUUCACGGGGAUGCCGCCUUCGCCGGCCAAGGCGUGGUGUAUGAAACCUUCCACCUAAGUGACCUGCCCUCUUACACCACCAACGGUACCGUGCAUGUCGUCGUCAACAAUCAGAUCGGCUUCACCACAGACCCCCGCAUGGCCCGCUCAUCACCAUACCCCACUGAUGUGGCCCGUGUGGUCAACGCGCCAAUCUUCCAUGUGAACGCAGAUGACCCAGAGGCCGUGAUAUAUGUGUGCAGUGUGGCAGCUGAGUGGAGGAACACCUUCAAUAAAGACGUUGUAGUGGACUUGGUCUGUUACCGCCGGCGUGGCCACAAUGAGAUGGAUGAGCCCAUGUUCACGCAGCCGCUCAUGUACAAGCAGAUCCACAGACAGGUGCCUGUGCUGAAGAAGUAUGCAGACAAGCUCAUUGCUGAAGGCACUGUCACCCUGCAAGAGUUCGAGGAAGAAAUUGCCAAAUACGACCGGAUCUGUGAGGAGGCAUACGGCAGGUCCAAGGAUAAAAAGAUCCUGCAUAUAAAGCACUGGCUGGACUCCCCCUGGCCCGGCUUCUUCAAUGUGGACGGGGAGCCCAAGAGCAUGACAUGCCCGGCCACAGGCACCCCCGAGGACGUGCUGACCCACAUUGGUGAAGUGGCCAGCUCCGUGCCCCUGGAGGACUUUAAGAUCCACACAGGCCUCUCUCGAAUCCUGCGGGGCCGUGCAGAUAUGACCAAGAACCGGACGGUGGACUGGGCACUGGCAGAGUACAUGGCCUUCGGCUCCCUGCUCAAGGAGGGCAUCCAUGUGCGGCUUAGUGGGCAGGAUGUGGAGAGGGGCACGUUCAGUCACCGGCACCACGUUCUCCAUGACCAGGAAGUUGACCGGAGGACGUGUGUCCCCAUGAACCACCUUUGGCCUGACCAGGCCCCCUACACUGUGUGCAACAGCUCCCUCUCAGAGUAUGGAGUCCUGGGCUUUGAGCUGGGCUAUGCCAUGGCCAGCCCCAAUGCCCUGGUCCUCUGGGAGGCUCAGUUUGGUGACUUCCACAACACGGCCCAGUGCAUCAUUGACCAGUUCAUCAGCACCGGCCAGGCCAAGUGGGUGCGGCACAAUGGCAUCGUUCUGCUGCUGCCCCACGGCAUGGAGGGCAUGGGCCCAGAGCACUCCUCAGCAAGGCCCGAGAGAUUCCUGCAGAUGAGCAACGAUGACUCCGAUGCCUACCCGGUAUUCACCGAGGACUUCGAGGUGAGCCAGCUCUAUGACUGUAACUGGAUUGUUGUCAACUGCUCCACACCGGCCAACUACUUCCACGUGCUGCGCCGCCAGGUCAUGCUGCCCUUCCGCAAGCCGCUGAUCAUCUUCACACCCAAGUCUCUGCUGAGGCACCCGGAGGCCAAGUCCAGCUUUGACCAAAUGGUAUCCGGGACCAGCUUCCAGCGGGUGAUUCCUGAAGAUGGGGCUGCGGCACAGUCUCCUGAGCGGGUGCGGCGGCUCAUCUUCUGCACUGGAAAGGUGUACUAUGACCUGGUGAAGGAGCGGAGCAGCCAGGGCCUGGAGGAACAAGUGGCCAUCACCCGUCUGGAGCAGAUCUCUCCAUUCCCCUUCGACCUGAUCAAGCUAGAGGCAGAGAAGUACCCAGGUGCAGAGCUGGUGUGGUGCCAGGAGGAGCACAAGAACAUGGGCUACUAUGACUACAUCAGCCCGCGCUUCAUGACCAUCCUGAGCCGGGCGCGGCCCAUAUGGUACGUUGGCCGUGACCCAGCGGCUGCACCGGCCACAGGGAACAGGAACACUCACCUCGUUUCUCUGAAGAAGUUUCUAGAUACUGCCUUUAAUCUCCAGGCCUUUGAGGGCAAGACAUUUUAGAGCUGGCAAGGCCUGUCUGGAUAGUCACCCGGAACCCCAUGUCUUCGGUCCCUCUCCCCCGUCCUGGUAGAUCUGACUGCUGCUUACCCUGUCCUUGUUCAUCUGUAGAUUCAAGGAAUGUUCUCUUUUGUGCUGUUAGAAAUAAAGAUUUCAGCAAUAACCAUCAGGUGAAGCAAAACCAUGCCAGGUGAUUUAUAUGUGCUCUGUUUUAUGGGGCGUGUCAUAAUGAGGUAUGUCAGCUUCUGUGUGAAAUACAGCCGCAGCUCAAGUGUACCAAAGCAGAAAACCAAAUAACAGAGAAAUAAAAAAAUGCUUAAGAGA